UUCAGAGAGAAUCACAAGUGGAGCCAUGCUAGGAAUGCACUGGAGUGCCAUCAUCAUUGUCUGCCUUGGACUGGCAGGUGUCUUUGGAGAGAAGAUCAUUGAUGGGAGAGAAGCUGCACCCCACAGCCGACCUUACAUGGCCUUCUUGGAUGUAAGUUCAAAAUUUUACAAGUACAUCUGUGGCGGGUCCCUCAUUCGCCCAGAUGUCAUCCUGACAGCAGCUCACUGCAAAGGAAAGAGCAUCACUGUGAUUUUGGGGGCUCACUACCCCUCUCAAAAUGAGAAAUCCAAACAGGUAAUACCAGUGCAGGAAAUGAUCCCUCAUGAAGAAUAUGACGAUGAGACCUUCAAAAAUGACAUCAUGCUUCUGAAGCUGAAGUACAACGCUACAAUCACUAAAGAAGUGAAAACAAUCAGCCUUCCUCACAAAAACCAGUACUUUGAAGCUGGCACCACCUGCUGGGUGGCAGGGUGGGGACUUAAUGUUACUGAUGGGCCAGAGAGCGAUGUGCUGAGAGAGGUGAAGGUGAAGAUCCAGAGUCACUGUGAUUCUUCCUCACAGAUCUGUGCAAGAGGCACUGGCAGGAAGGGGACCUGUACAGGAGAUUCAGGAGGCCCACUAGUCUGCCAAGGACAAGGCAAAAUCCGUACUGCCGCAGGAAUUGUGUCUUAUGCCAAUAGUGAAAGCUGUGAAGAACCUGAUCGGAGUAAUGUGUACGUCAAGGUGUCUGCAUAUCUCAAAUGGAUUAAAAGUAAAAUCAGUGAUCGCUCUUCUGCUUGAUGUCUCUUCCAGAAGCAGGAUGAGAAGGCCACGUCUGCAUCCAGCCAGUGGGGGUCUUGAGCAACAAUCUUAUUUCACUCCCAUGCUGGUGCAGAGCUCAGUAACACAUAGAAUGCUGGAUGCUUUGUCCCCUUAAGUAGAACGACCAGCACAUGUAACUGCUUAUCUGCUUUAAUAAAGUCUGCAUUGCAUUGA